CGCGCAUUAAAUCCAUUAUCUCCCGCAAUCGUCGCGAAAAAUCAAAAGUGACGGAAAAAAAAAAAAAAAAAAAAAAAGUUGGAGACGAACAAAAAAACAAAGUUGGAAGUGAAUCAUUUGGCGAAAGAAACAGCAAAACAUUCUAUCUUUGGAGUGGUUUAUAUACCCCCAUCAUUUCAUUUCUAGGUGCCCCUUAAUUCUUCCGCUGUAACCUGCAUUUCGAAUUUUUUUUUUCCGCCGGAGCACCCAGUUUGAGCUCCGGACCCGGCUCACAGUUUCCCGAUCAGGUUCGUCGGCGGGUCUGAAUUCCGGCCGGCCGGGGGUGUACGUUCGUGUUCGGAGAUGGGCUGCGUCAGCUCGAAGCAGACGGUGUCGGUGACGCCGGCGUUCGACCACUCGGGGGCGUUCAGGGACAAUGUCGGCAAUUCGGGUCGGAGCCGGGUCGGGGAGGCGGUGGUGAAGAAGAAGGGGGGUGAGUUGAGUGGGAGCGAGUUGGGUGAGUCCGGGAGAGCGAGUUCGAAUAAGAAGAAGAGUAAUGGUUCCGAGUCGUUGAGUUUUCGGUUGAGUAAUUUGCAGAGGUAUGUGGAGGGGGAGCAGGUCGCCGCCGGUUGGCCGGCCUGGCUCAGCGCCGUCGCCGCAGAAGCCAUUCAGGGCUGGGUCCCACUUCGGGCCGAUGCCUUCGAGAAAUUAGAGAAGAUUGGACAGGGUACGUAUAGUAGUGUGUUCCGAGCGCGUGACCUGGAGACUGGGAAGUUAGUUGCUUUGAAGAAGGUGCGGUUCGACAAUUUUGAGCCUGAGAGCGUCAGGUUUAUGGCCCGAGAAAUCUUGAUUCUCAGAAGGCUUGACCAUCCAAAUGUCAUUAAAUUGGAGGGUUUAAUUACUUCCCGGUUGUCAUGUAGCAUAUACCUUGUGUUUGAGUACAUGGAACAUGACAUUACUGGACUCCUGUCUAACCCCGACAUCAAGUUCAGUGAAGCACAGAUUAAAUGUUACAUGAAGCAGCUGUUAUCUGGACUUGAACAUUGUCACUCGCGGGGUGUAAUGCAUCGCGACAUAAAAGGAUCAAAUCUUCUGGUGAACAAUGAAGGAAUUUUGAAGAUGGCUGAUUUUGGAUUGGCAAACUUCUGUGAUUCUGGGCACAAGCAACCCCUUACCAGUCGGGUUGUCACUUUGUGGUAUCGUCCUCCUGAACUUUUGCUUGGAUCAACUGCCUAUGGAGCUUAUAUCGAUCUCUGGAGUGUUGGCUGUGCAUUUGCAGAACUCCUGGUUGGGAAACCUGUUCUUCAAGGGCGAACAGAGGUUGAACAAUUACACAAGAUUUUCAAGCUCUGCGGCUCCCCACCGGAAGAAUACUGGAAAAAGUCCAAACUUCCACAUGCAACUCUAUUUAAACCCCAACAACCUUAUGAUAGUACUCUGCAGGAGACCUUUAAAGAUUUGCCAGCUGCCACUUUUAACCUACUAGGGACUCUUCUUUCUGUAGAACCGCACAAGCGUGGGACUGCCUCCUCUGCUCUUGCAUCUGAGUAUUUCAAAAUGAAGCCUUAUGCCUGUGAUCCAUCAAGCUUGCCAAUUUACCCACCUAGCAAAGAGAUUGACGCAAAAAAUCGGGAGGAGGCAAAGAGGAAAAAGAUUGGUGGUAGAAUUCGUGGAGGCGAAACAAGAAAGUCAACAAGAAAAUCACAUGGAAUAAGUAAAUUGGCACCAGUCGAGGACUUGGCAACCCAAGUGCAAGAUUCAUAUAAAAUUAAUGGCACUAAUGGACGUAUUACGAAGCAAGAAAAUGGUGUCAUAGGCAGGGAGUUGCCAAAGCCAUCUGCUUCUAAAGCAGAAGAGGCUUCACAUGUAAAGAAUGCAUCUCAAGGAGACAUUCCCUUCUCUGGCCCAUUAGAGGUUUCUACAUCAAGUGGCUUCGCAUGGGCAAAAAGACGACGAGAUGAUGCUUCUAGAAGAUCUCAUACUCGAUCUAUUUCAAAAGGACACAUAUUUAACACAGUAGAACCUUCAAUUGCAGUGCAUACAAGGAAGAACUUCGACUGUAAGACGCAUGAAAAUGGGGAAUACAGAGGGCGUACUGACUCUAGAGGGCAUGAUUCAUACGAGAUUGUUAAGCUAGCAAUGCUGAAUCAAUGGGGCAAGCUUGAACGUCCAGAUUCCUUCGAUGCUUCUGAUGGGUAUCACUCGCAGGAAUUAUCGAGGGCACUUUAUCAGAGAGAGGAAAGGGUAGCUGCUACUAAAAGUGAUCUGAGUUUUCCACUUGAUGAUGAAGAAGACAAGGUUGAAUUUUCAGGACCCUUGUUAUCUCAACCCUAUAAAGUUGACGAAUUCUUAGAAAGGCAUGAGCGCCACAUCAGAAGGGCAACGCGGAACUCCUGGUUCUAUAGAGGUAAGAAGCAAGGGAAGUAAGUUAGCUGAUAGGUUCUAAUUGACUACAUCGAGAAGAAGAGAAGAGGAGAACUCAACAAGAAAACAAAAUAUACAAAGUUUCAGCCUGGUAGAUGGCAUUUCCAAAUUCUGACUAGGCUGCUAUAUCUAAUAGUUGAGAAAGUGAAAAUCUUCACCACCAUUUCACUAUAGAAUAUUUUGGAGAGGAGGAAAGAAUGGUUAGAAUGAUUACAUUUUCUCUUAUUUGAACCUUUUGUUUCCCUGAUUUAGUUCUUUCUUUCCUAAUUUUUUGGCAAAUCCCAAAUCCAAUGUAUAUACUCAUGAUUAGUAGCAAAAGCCUUGUUUGUUUUCAUAUCAGGCUUCUUUA